UACCAAGUGAAAGGAAAAGUAUUCGAGGGGCUGUACUUCGCAGGAGACAGAUGGAUAUAAAGCGGUUUCUCGACAACGACCUGAACUGUUUCCCACGGACCUGUGGACAUUUGAAGGCGUAUAUUUGACUGAAAGUAGUUAAACAUUUCUUUUGUCUUGUAAGGCCUUUUCAAAUGAUUUUUUUUACACCUGUCAGCAGAAGGAGACAUAUCGCUGAACGGGACUUCAUUGAUCGAAAGAAGAAUAGAAUACCUCUCCGGAUUGAGCUGUCAUCACCUGACCUGACCACAAGGGGACAUCAUGUCAUCUUCUACUACCGUUUAUUCUCACUAGGGUCGCUGUCAGAUGCUGAUCGCCAGUCUAUCACAAGGGUAACAGAGACAAACUAGUAUUGACACACACACCUACCAUCAAUUUAGAAUCAACAUGCUGAAAGGAAGAAGUAACAGAAAAGAUAAAGUUAAGUACAACGGCUUGAUGAACCAAGGAUCAACAUCUUACUUGAACAGUGUGCUGCAGGUGCUGUUCAUGACCAAAGACUUCAGAGAAGCAGUGAAACGGAAAAAUGACGAAAGCACUGAGUUUAUACAUCAUCAUCUUCAGAAUCUGUUUGAUGUCCUUGAAAAAGGUACAGCAGACACAGAUGAAGUAAGGCUGAAGCUGGGCAUUGACACAGUGUAUGAACAGCAGGAUGCUGCUGUGUGCUUGGAGAAGAUUUUAAAACUCACUGAUCAAGAGGCAUCAAAGAUCUUUAAUGGAAAGUUGGCAUACAAGACCAACUGUGCUGGUUGUGACAACAGCACUGAGAGAGUUGGGUCAUUUUGGCAUCUUCCUCUUGCAUUGGUGGAUUCUGGCAGAAAAACCUACAGUGUGGUGGACGGCAUCAAAGAUUAUUUCAAGGCUUCACAUCUCAGUAAAGAAAACCAGCUGUACUGUGACAUCUGUGAAGACAAAAAGGAUGCUACUACUACACCUGUGAUAAAGCAUCAUCCAGAUGUUCUGGUGUUGCUACUGAAGAGGUUUAAGUAUGACAGCUACUACAGGUCAUAUGUGAAAAUCAACUGUGCUGUGGAUGUUCCCUGCAGCCUACAGAUACCAGAGAAUCAGACGUAUGAACUGUAUGCUGUUGUGGAUCAUGUUGGUGAUCUGAGAAGUGGACAUUACACUGCAACAAUCAAAGAAGAGAAUGACCAUGGAGACAGAUGGUACGAGUUCAAUGAUAGCAGGGUCUCACUGUGUUAUUACCAGCCAUCCAAGAGGGACACCAUUGAGAGAUCCCAGAGCGCUUAUCUUCUAUUUUACAGAAAGGAGAAAAGUACUGAUGGUCAAGAUGGUCAGAAGGAGUCCCAUAGUAGAGGUAUCCAACCCCCUAUUAGUAAAAACAAUGACCAGGAUGAAGAUGCUGAAAAGAUCAGAGAUAGAGACAAGAGUAAUGAUGCUGCAGAAGAUGAUAACACCACUGGAGCAUCUGUUUCCAUCGACAGAGCAAAAGUAACAGAGCAGAACUGUGCAGUUCCUAAAGGAGCGUCAUCUCAGGGCUACAGAUGCUGACAAUGCAGGAUUAGGCACUGUUAGAAUAAGAUACAGAAGAUACAGAUGAUAAAGUGAAAACAGGACAUGUUAACACAACCAAGAGAAAUGAGAAAACAAACAGAGAUGGUGAGUCAGAGAGAGAGACCCAAACCAGUAAAGUUGGAUCUGGGGUAAAAAAUAAAUAAAUAAAAAAUAUAGGAUCUGUGCAAACCUGCUGAAGAUCAUAAGAAAAAAGGAGUUGAUAAAAAAUGACGUGUCAAAAGAUGGACUGGAAUGUAAACAGGGAAGAAACAGCAGGUGAAAUAUAGAAAACAAGCAACAGAGAGAGGAGGAGAGAAAUGUAACAGGAGACAAAGAACAGAACAGAAGAAAUGAUGAACAUGCAAGAGGAGAGAAGUCCACAUUAAAACAGUACAGUUCAGUCAGCAGUCAGGCACCAUGGAAGUACUAAAACAUGGUUGAUUGUCCCUUUGGUCUCUUUUCUGUGCAGUUUUCUGUUAAAUUCUUGUUGCAUGCACAGCCAUUGUGUAAUACAAAUCAACUAAAAUGAAAUGUGUAGAAUUUUUCUUCAAAUUAUUCAAAUUGUUCAGAGACACAUUAAUAGAUAGCACACAAUGUAACAAGGUUUCAGACAAGAAGCUGGGUGAAUUGGUAAUUCAUUUUAAAUGAAUAUCUUGGUACAAAUGUUUAUCUCCUUUGUUGUCUGGAUGUUAAUUAUGGUUUCAAAUUAAUUAGGCUUUUGGUGUUGUUGGUUUACUGUAACAAUGUCCUACACGUGUAAAUUAUUGUCAUCAUGUUUAUGAUUUUGAACUACUGUGUCAUCAUUUAUCUUUGUGUGACCUAAAGAAUCUUGAUUUUUGUUUGCAAAAGUUUGUAGAUAUGAUUAAUCAUUUUUCAAGCUAAUGUUAAGGAUGGAUUCUGUGGCCUUUCACACAUAUAAACCAUCUUUCGUGCUUUGCCCAUUGACAGCCGUAUAAGCACUAGUUUUUAAUUCAUUAUGGACAGAUCAUGUUGACAGUGUGCUUUUGAAUAUAUCUGCAGCAGAUUAUGGGUUAGAAUAUAUUCCAGUAAAAUGUAAUUUUACAGUAGUAUGUACAGUGUUUAUGUACAAACAACAAUAUUAAACAUAAAUAAAAUGGUAA